AUGCAUAUAAAUCAGAAAUUUACGACUUACGAUCGUGAUAAUGACAUUUCGGGUAGUUAUAAUUGUGCGGAUCAUAAUGGAGGCUGGUGGUACACGAGUUGUGUUCAUGCUAACCUAAAUGGACUUUUCUUCAAUGAGAGCGUUAAGAAUUACAGAAGCAUGCACUGGAAAGAUUUUGAUGCUCUGCGGAGAGUUAAGAUGUUGAUACGUCCAAAAAUAGAUGAAGUAUUAAUAUAG